GUUACCUAAAGUCCUCCAAACACAUAAGAAAAGUAAUGAACCAUCCCUACAACCCAUGAUGCAGUCUCCAUUCUCUUCACCAAAUGGAGAUCUCAACCUUCCUUUCCUUCUCCCUGCUUCUCUUCCUCUCGUUGCUCUCCCCUACCCAAGGUUUUGAGCCAUCUCCGGCGCCAAGUUUUUCUUCCUCUUUGGCACCAGGAUCAGCUUCUUCCCAUCCUUUGGCGCCAGAUUCUGGAGGGACUUUGGCGCCAGGUAGUGAUCUUUCUCCGCAGUCACCAGCACUGUCAUUACCUCCUUCUCUGGCGCCUGCGCCGAUGACGGCGGAGAAGGUUCGAGAAGCGGAUGUGGCUCCGGCGCCAGAGAUGGAGGGAAGUGAGAGUUUUAAAGGGGCUGGUCCCAGUAGUCAGGAGGUGGAAGAGGCGGGAAAGCAGAUGGUGAGGUGGUGCACUGUGAGAGAAGAGUACGAGGACUGUCAGCUGCUAGUCAGAGGAUUGGACCAAUCGAAUGGAUACACGUGGAAGUGUAUUCAAAAGGAGACAGCUCAAGAGUGUUUGGAGUCAAUCACAAGAGGGGAAGCAGAUUUGAUAAACUUGGAAGCAGGGGUGGCUUAUACUGCAUUCAUAAACAACUCAAUGAAAGCCAUUGCAAAUGAAGUUUACUGCGACCAUGCUAGAAGCUAUCAAGCUGUUGCUGUUGUCGAUAGAAAAGCUUGCCAGGGAAACAAAGGAAUCAGUUUAAUGGACUUUGAGGGGCACAAAUCUUGCCAUGGAGGUUACUCCACAGCUGCUGGUUGGAACUAUCCGAUCAACCAUAUAAAAGAAUCACUUGAUUCUCAAAGGAUGAAUGACCGUGAAAUCGCAACUGGUUUUUUCUCAAAGAUUUGUGCUCCUUCAGAGUUUGAAGGAACAGGUAUUUGCAGUGGAUGUGGAAAUGAAAAUGGCUCCUGCCAUUUGAGUAGCCCGUAUUCCGGAGACCAUGGAGCCUUCAGGUGUUUGGUGGAGGAACUUGGUGAUAUAGCAUUCCUGAAAGCAGAUACUGUUUUGCUAUAUUCUAUGGAGGGGCCUCAUAAUCAGUCCUGGUCAAGCAAAUCGGUUAGGGACUUCAUGUAUCUUUGUCCUGAUGGGGGUUGCAGAGAAAUCAAUGAUUACCCUGGUUCUUGCUCAUUUGGAGCUGUUCCUGCAAAUGUGAUAAUGGCAAGCAAUUCUCUCCCAAAUAAAGAGAGACUGUUCAUAUUGCAAACAUUGACCAAUGCUGCCUCAGUGGAAGCUCUUCAAACAGCAAAAUAUGGUGCCAGUCCCCUGAUAAGUCCAAGUACACAAGAAAUAGCUGCGGUCAAGAAGCUGACAAGGUCUUACCUUGGGAUGUCAGCAACAAUUUCACAAAGCAUACUGCAGCUAUACACCCCAAACAACCAAGCUGCUCCAUCUUCUGUAAAUCCAGUCUCAGAUGUGGCCUCUCAAUCAUCUUCAUGUGGUCACAAUUCUCUAGUCAUCGCACUCUUUUCAGUCCUGACAAUGCUUUUGUUACUGGUCCGUACACCCAUGUAGAGCAGAGAGGUCUUUUACAUUAACUGUAUUGAGAGACAGAAUAGAAGUUUAGACAAGCAAUUUGGGUUGUAACACAUAUAUUUUCCAAAAUGCCCAAUUGAUUUUGUAUUUCACUCCAUGCAUGUUUAUUAUCUAUAACUAGACUU